CCAACCAACCAACCACAACUCCCACAAUGGAAUUCAUAACAAUUGGCCAAAGUGUCAAUAUUAAACGGACGGAUGGCCGUGUUCAUGCGGCCGUUGUCUCCAAAAUCAAUGAAUCGGGCAAAUCAAUCACAGUCGAAUGGUAUGAACGGGGCGAGACCAAGGGCAAAGAGGUCGAACUCGAGGCCAUAUUGGCCCUUAAUCCCGAGGUCUUGGAACAGGCCGAACAGGAGGUGGUGCACACGGCUCCGGAACCCAAAAAAAUUGCCACAGCACCUAUGAAUUUGUCCCGCAAUGCAACACAGGGUGCCAUUGGUCAUCGCACGAAUCGGGCCACAAUCAAUUCGUCCAAUAUACUGUCAUCGGCAUCGGUGGCCGAACAUGUCGAGAAUAUACCGCCGCCUCAGCAACAACAGAUACAACCGCCCACCACCGGUAUUGUACGAUCGCGUACCACCAACAAUGCCUCACGUCUUGCCUCAGCCAAUUCGGGAAGUGGUAGCGGUGGUGGUGGUGGUGGCGGCGGUAUUGGACAAACAACAAACACCUCCAGUAUUGGCAAUACCUCAUCAUAUGGUGGUGCCGGUUCGAAUUCCGUGGCCGCCGGCAACGCUCGCCGUUCCUAUGUCGUCAAAGAGGUCGAACGACUAAAGGAGAAUCGUGAGAAGCGACGAGCCCGCCAGGCCGAAAUCAAAGAGGAGAAAAAUGCUUUAAUGAAUCAGGAUCCCGGCAAUCCCAACUGGGAGACAGCCCAAAUGAUACGUGAAUACCAAUCGACAUUGGAAUUUAAUCCUCUUAUCGAUGGAGCCGCUGUCGAAGAUCAUCAAAUUACGGUAUGUGUCCGAAAGAGGCCGCUGUCGCGCAAGGAAAUCAAUCGCAAAGAAAUCGAUGUUAUAUCGGUGCCACGCAAGGACACACUGAUUGUACACGAGCCGCGCAACAAAGUCGAUUUGACGAAAUUUUUGGAAAAUCACAAAUUUCGUUUUGAUUAUGCCUUCGAUGAUCGCUGUGACAAUGCCAUGGUUUAUAAAUACACCGCCAAACCAUUGGUUCAAACCAUAUUCGAAGGUGGCAUGGCCACAUGUUUUGCCUAUGGCCAAACCGGUUCGGGUAAAACACACACCAUGGGUGGCGAAUUCAAUGGCAAAAUUCAGGAUUGUAAAAAUGGUAUAUACGCAAUGGCAGCUAAGGACGUUUUCAAUUAUCUCAAUGGACCACGGUAUCGUCAUUUGAAUCUAGUUGUUUCGGCCAGUUUCUUUGAAAUCUAUAGUGGCAAAGUUUUUGAUUUACUUUCCGAUAAACAAAAACUUCGCGUACUAGAAGAUGGCAAACAACAGGUCCAAGUCGUCGGUCUCACCGAGAAGGUAGUCGACAGUGUUGAAGAAGUGCUCAAAUUAAUUCAGCACGGCAACAAUGCUCGCACCUCCGGCCAGACCUCAGCCAAUGCCAACUCAUCCCGUUCACAUGCAGUAUUCCAAAUUGUCCUACGUCCACCGGGCUCAACAAAAAUCCACGGCAAAUUCUCAUUCAUCGAUUUGGCUGGCAAUGAACGCGGUGCUGACACAUCGUCCGCCAAUCGUCAAACCCGUAUGGAAGGUGCUGAAAUCAACAAAUCCCUAUUGGCUUUAAAAGAGUGUAUACGUGCGUUGGGCAAACAAUCGGCUCAUUUACCGUUCCGUGUCUCGAAACUAACACAAGUAUUGCGUGAUUCCUUUAUCGGGGAGAAGAGUAAGACCUGUAUGAUUGCCAUGAUAUCGCCGGGUUUAAGUUCAUGUGAACAUACCCUAAACACAUUACGUUAUGCGGAUCGUGUUAAGGAAUUAGUUGUGAAGGAGUUGCCCGAUGUAUUGCGCGAAGAGGAUGCCGAACAGCUGAUGUACGAAGAGGACGAGGAAACCAACAAUAUUCAACAUGUUCAACAGAAGCCAAUGCGACAUAAUAAUCACACAACAAAUCACAAUAACAAUAAUAACAAUAAGAAUGGACAAAUGUCGGCAAAUGAUUUGGCAUUGUUGCGUUCGUUGAGCGAACACGAUAUGUCUGAUGAACUAUUGGAUCAGCAUGCUGCUAUAUCCGAUUUACAACAAACCGAAGAAAUGGUUGUCGAUCAACAUCGUGCUAUUAACGAUUUCCUCUCACAAUUUCUACCCGAAUCAAUGCGCCUGUAUAAUCUAACCAAUUACGUGGAUUACGAUCAGGAUUCGUAUUGUAAAGAGGGUGAGGCAUAUUUUACACAAUUGGCCGAGAUGGCAACCAGCUGUAGGGAUCUAAUGGCUGAUUUUCGCACCAAAUUGGCCAAAGAAGAGAUGCUGUCGUGUACGGUUAAGCCACCGGGCAAACGUUAAG